AAAGAUGAGUAAGACAUGGCCUUGCACGUGAGGAGCUCCUGGUCCAAAGAAAACCAGAGGUGUACUACAAGUUUCCUCACUUGCAAAAUGGGAUUAAGAAUAAUAUCCACCUCGAUCGAGGCGGCUGAGCUGGUUGGUGGCGGCGGUCGUGCGGCAGACGCAAACAUGCAGAUCUUUGUGAAGACCCUCACGGGCAAAACCAUCACCCUUGAGGUCGAGCCCAGUGACACCAUUGAGAAUGUCAAAGCCAAAAUUCAAGACAAGGAGGGUAUCCCACCUGACCAGCAGCGUCUGAUAUUUGCCGGCAAACAGCUGGAAGAUGGCCGCACUCUCUCAGACUACAACAUCCAGAAAGAGUCCACCCUGCACCUGGUGUUGCGCCUGCGAGGUGGCAUUAUUGAGCCUUCCCUCCGCCAGCUUGCCCAGAAAUACAACUGUGACAAGAUGAUCUGCCGCAAGUGCUAUGCUCGCCUUCACCCUCAUGCUGUCAACUGCCGCAAGAAGAAGUGUGGCCACACCAACAACCUGCGCCUCAAGAAGAAGGUCAAAUAAGGCUCUUCUUUCCUUGAAGGGCAACCUCCUGCCCAGGCCCUGUGGCCUGGAGCCUCAAUAAAGUGUCCCUUUUGUUGACUGGAGCAGCAAAAAAAAAAAAAAAAAAAAAAAAAAAAAAAAAAAAAAA